AUGAAUAACUCAAUGAUGUUGCCGUCGGAAAUUGAACAAAACAUACUUGCAUUCAAUCGUUCUCUAAAACAAGUGGAGAGUAUGGUACAACCUCUUUUAGAGCAACCACUCACUACAAAAACCUCAAAAUUGGAUCCUGAGUCAAGAGCUAAAGUGAAUUUAUGUUGUGCCUAUACAGUGAAUACUCUGUUUUAUUUGUAUUUGAAAACGCAAGGAAUAAAUCCUGAUGAUCAUCCAAUCAAGCAAGAAAUUGCUCGCAUUCAGCUCUAUUUUAAAAAGCUGAAAGAAAGGUCCAACAAGGCUUCUGCUGCCUCAUCAAAUGACAAUAGUAGUAUUAGCAACAAUCAUUUGAACAACAACAACAACACAACAACCAAUGUGGAUGAAGCCUCUCAACAAGUAUCAUCAAACCCAUCCUCACCAUCCAACAACACCAUUCUUGAUGGUGACAAUAAAAAGCGUAAAAAUAAGGCUUCUGACUCUUCAAAGAGGAAGAAGAAGAAGUAG